AUGGAAACCGUAAGACGAACACAGGGCUGCUGGACUUGCAAGAGACGGAAAAUAGGCUGUGAUCGUGGAUAUCCAGCCUGUAACAACUGCCUUCGAACGGGCAGAGAAUGUCUGGGCUACGGGAUCCGUCUCGCCUGGCCGGAUCAGCCGGACGGCCGACGUAGAGGAAGUCGAAUUCCAGACCAAGCACUUCACAGCAGUCCACACAUCCCUCUCGACUAUGGGAAACAGUUCCUGAAUAUGACUUAUGAUGACCUCAUGCAUAGCGGGAAGGGGCUGAUGGUGCUCAACGAACUUUUACUUCUGCGCAGUCAACCGCGACCGAUCAGGAGCAUCCCGCUGCUGCCGAAAAUUCAUGAAAGAGAGUCGCAUCUUCUGAGCUAUUACCAUGAUAAACUUUCACGAAUGAUUUCGACCAUCAACGUCAAUAAUGGAUUCCGAGAUGAUUUAAUCCCCAUGGCUCUCUCUAGCGACGGAAAAGCAUCUCACGGUCUUCGGAACGCCAUAUUGGCCGUUUCCGCUUUCCACUUAUGGGGGCCUGAGCAUGCCUUCUCUUACAAAGCUGAAGCGAUCAGGUCGUUGUCGUCCUCGCUGUCAACAGAAUCAUUCGGUACUACGGAAACGCAGCUGGCGACGUCGAUGAUGCUUUGUGUGUACAAUGUGUUUGAUGAAACUGAAGGUAACUGGAGCCUGCAUUUAUAUGGGGCUCAGAAAAUCCUUCAUCAGCUGGCUAGUAUACAUGGUGGACAUCUAGCCUACAGAUUUCUCUACACUUGGUUCUUAUACCACGAAGUUCUUGGUGGCUUCAGCCAACCUCUCAAACAGUGGCCUAACGGCCCUGCAUCCCUCCGUCUUCUGCGAGACACUCGUUUUGACACCUCGAUGAUUAUUGGUUCUUUAGGAUGCUCCGUUGAAGUCAUGGAGAUCAUCAGCUGCGUGAAUAUGUGGCGCGCCAUGGAACUUCAAGGCUAUGAUGUGGCAAUGCCGGGUCAAGAAAAGCCCAACAAGGCGACUGAAUACAAAGCACUGGAGAACAGAAUAUUCGUAUUAACCCAGAGGUUGGAUCCAAGACAUGAGGAACACCUAUCACGACACGAUCGCAUCAGGACUCUAGCUACAGCCGAGCUCUACCGGAUUGCCACAUAUCUCUAUCUUCAUAGAAUUGGCAGUACUGAAACGUCUCAGGACACUAAAUCACUAUACAUACAUCAAGCCUUGCAGAUCCUCGGUAGUCUGGAAGUCUGCACAAGUCCGUGGCCCUUGUUUGUCAUCGCCUGCGAGACCGAAAACGACGACCAGCGAAUCAGCAUACUACGAACCCUAGACCGCAUGGAUGUGGAAAGACAUAUUGGAAACGUCUUCGUUUUGAGACAUAUCAUCGAAUCAUUCUGGAAACAGCAAGAUCUCCAGGCAGACUCGGGUAAAGCUGGAACCCUAAAGUGGUGGGAUACCAUUGAUCUGAACCUAAGCGCACCCUGGUUCAUCUAAAGGGAUGGUUGGGAACCGUAAACAUAGGCAACACCGUUCACACGGCCACCUGUAAUUACGGUCUUGCUUUCUUUUCCUUGAGCAACACAUAGCCAGCUCAUUUCUUCAUCUCUGUCACAUGUUUGUCCACUGUUGGGUUUACCAGAAGACUCAGCAAGUCUGGUCGGGCAUAAUGCCCAACCACGUCGAUGAACGCCUUCGGGUAAUCAAUGUCGCGCAGGUUCACAUCGGCAGUCAAGAUUCCCUCCUCGCCAUCACCUAUUGGUGAACACAAAGGCUUCCCAUCAGGUCCGAAUAUCAUUGAGAAACCACCGCCAG